AUGGUAUUUGGGAAAAAGAGAAUACACGAAAUACCCUCAUCCGAUAGUGAUAGUGAUCAAAAUUCUGCAAGUGAUGAAGAAAUUCCUCAAAGUCUACCUCAACCAAAAGUGAAAAAUUCAUCAACUCAAAGUCAUUCAACCAAUGAAACAACCAAACCUCCUUUAGCCCAAGAAGUGAUAUACACCGGUGUGACCGGGAAAAAUCCGGGGGGAACUAAAAAUUGGACAUGCAAACACUGUAGAAAUUCAUUCAAAAGUACUUACACUAGGAUUCACUAUCAUUUCUUUGGUGCUCCACAAGGGAAAAGUUGUGGCAUUCAAAGAUGUGCAGCACUGUUGAAUGACAGAGAAACUUAUGAAAGAAUAAGAAAAAAGGUUCAAGAAGCAGAAGAAUCUGGUGUGACUCCAUCUUUGAAGUGUUCUACCCUCAAAAAGAAAGAAAAAGGGGCGUGUUCCAAGUCUCUUGAAGAAGCUUUCCAACUUUUGGGAAGAGAUGCUGUUGACAUGAAGGUGAUGAAAGGACUAUGUGCCAAUGGAAUUCCUUUUAAUGUUCUGAGAAAUCCACAAUUUGUGGAAAUGGUUAUGGCUAUUAACAAUGGUCCUAAAGGCUACAAACCUCCCUCUUCUGAAAAGGCAAGAACGGUUUUAUUAGACGAGUGUAAAAGACACAUUGACAAAGAUUUAGCUCCUAUCAAGGAUACAUGGUUUCAUCAAGGGGUCUCCAUUGUGUUAGAUGGCUGGAGUAAUGUAAAGCAUAUGCCACUAAUUAAUGUUCUUGCCGUGAAUAGUAGAGUUGCUAUGUUUUUAUAUGCCGACGACUUUUCUGGAGUUGAAAAAACUGGAGUUGCUAUUGCUGAAUAUUUGAUUAAAGCCAUUGAAGAAAUCGGACCAUCUAAUGUUCUACAAGUGGUGACCGAUAAUGCUGCAAAUUGUAAAGCUGCUGGGAAGGAAAUACAAAAGGUAUAUAAGCAUAUUUUUUGGUCUCCUUGUGUUGUGCAUACUUUAAAUUUGAUUUUUAAAGACUUUGUUGAAUCAUUUGAAUGGCUGAGAAAUACAUAUAAACAAGGAAAGACUAUAGUUAAGUACAUUAUUAAUCAUAGUCAAGUUCUAGCUAUGUAUAGAGCAAAUUCAAAGCUUGAAUUGUUGAAGGUAGCAAAGACUAGAUUUGCAUCACAUUACAUUUUACUUAAGCGACUACUUGUGUGUAGAGAAGCACUUGCAACUACUGUUGUGUUGAACAGUUGGAAAGAAUGGAUUAAGCAAGGAGAUGAAAACACAAGAAAAAUAGGUGCUUUAGUUGCUGAAACUAUUGGUAGUGAUUUUUUUUGGGAAGAAGUUGAGCAUGUGGUUAAGAUAACAAAACCCAUUUAUCAUUUGAUUAAAUUUGCUGAUGGUGAAGGGCCAAAAAUGGGAGAAUUUUAUGAGAAAAUGGAUUCUAUGCUUGGGGAAAUACAAGAGAUUAUGAAAACAAAUAAAUAUGCAAAUUGUUAUUCUGAAUUGGAAAAAAUUAUUACUGCAAGAUGGACCAAAAUGAAUUAUACCAUCCAUUGUUUAGGUUUUGCAUUAACCCCUAGAUUUUAUGAUACUCAUUAUCUUUCUACACCUGCCCCUGGAGGUAUAGCUAGAAAAGCUCCAAACCAAGAUAAGGAAGUAGUGACUGCAGUUAUGCAAGCUUUUGAAAAAAUAUCAGAAAAUGCGGAGGAACAAAAACUAUUACGUGAUCAGUUUGCUAUAUUUCACACAAAAAAAGGAAUAUAUGCAAUGUCUGCAGCUCAAUUAGAUGCUGUAACCAUGGAUUCUAUUGAUUGGUGGUCAAUGUAUGGAUCUGAAACUCCUGAACUAGCAGAGGUGGUAAAAAAAGUAUUAUCUCAACCAAUAAGUAGCUCUUCUGCUGAAAGAACUUGGAGUACUUAUUCAUAUAUCCAUAAUGUAAAAAGAAAUCGGCUUAAUUGUGCAAGAGCGGACAAAUUGGUUUAUAUUCACUCAAAUAUUCGCUUACAGUCACGAUUUUCUGAUAGCUACAAGAAUGGUCCUUUCAUAAAAUGGGAUAUGAAUCAUGAUGACACUUGUUUGGAAGAAUCUUUUGUUGUACUUCAAGACCUUAGCUGGGAAUUAGAUGAAGAAAUGGAUGAAGGAGUGGAUGAUCAGAGAAAUGUACUUAGGGGAGCUUCUAUCAAAAGAGGAAAAAAGAAUAAGAAUUGA